AUGGAAAACUCGCAAUUAUCUUUAGUUCGAUAUUCAAACAUGAAAAUAAUAGUAGUCAGUCUUUUGUUGGUGGUUUCUUUGUUGGGAAAACACCAGGCCAGCGCAAAGAGUGUGGCCAAUACCUUGGCCAACGAAAUCGGUCAGGAUGCCUCCUCUUUCGGCAAUGAAUUGGGCCAAGAGGUCAUUCAAUAUGGCCAAGAAGCCGCUAACAGCGGCCUGAAGUAUGGAGAAGCAGCGGAAAAUGCCUCCUCUGGUUGGGAACUUGGAAUGGAUGGCAGCAUUUUCGGUCACGAAUUGGGAGAUGAGGGCGAUUUGUUGGGUCAACAGGUGUCCAAUAGCGCCAUUAACUUUGGACAUCAGGUCUCCCAGGAAGCGGAAGAGGCAGCCAGUGCAGAACUCAAAGCCUUGGCGGCCAAUCAAACUAAGAAAUCCGUCAGUAAGCGUGAUGUCUCAAGUGCCAACGAGAGUCCUUCGGUCACCUGUGCUUGCACCUGUUCCAAUGAUGGCGCCGCUUCCAAGCUGGGCAACAAGGUGGCAGAGUCGGCCGGGAAGGCAGCUCAUGAUGUGGCCAACGCUGCUGGAAAUGUGGCCUCGAGUGUAGCUGGCGCUGCUGGUACUAUUGCUCACGAUGCUGCCGGUGCUGCUUCUAGUGUUGCAAGUGCUGCUGGACACAUUUUUCACGACGCUGGAAAGGUAGGAGGUGAAAUUGGAAAUGCUGCUGGAAAUGCUGCUGGAGAUGUUGCUCAUGCUGCUGGAAAUGUGGCCUCCAGUGUGGCUGGAGCUGCGCGACACAUUUUCCACGACGCUGGAAAGGUAGGAGGUGACAUUGGAAAUGCUGCUGGAAACGCUGCUGGAAAUGUCGCUGGAAGUGCAGCAAAUGCUGCGUCUAGUGUUGCAAAUGCUGCUGGACACAUUUUCCACGACGCUGGAAAGGUUGGAGGUGACAUUGGAAGCGCUGCAGGAAACGCUGCUGGAGAUGUUGCUCAUGCUGCUGGAAAUGUGGCCUCGAGUGUAGCUGGCGCUGCUGGUACUAUUGCUCACGAUGCUGCCGGUGCUGCUUCUAGUGUUGCAAGUUCUGCUGGACACAUUUUCCACGAUGCUGGCAAGAUCGGAGGUGACAUUGGAAAUGCUGCUGGAAGUGCUGCUGGAAAUGUGGCUGGAAGUGCAGCAAAUGCUGCUGGAGAUGUGGCCAAUGCUGCAGGAAAUGUUGCUGGAAGUGCAGCAAAUGCUGCUGGAGAUGUUGCUAAUGCUGCUGGAAAUGUUGCUGGCAGUGCAGCAAAUGCUGCUGGAGAUGUCGCUAACGCUGCUGGAAAUGUUGCUGGAGAUGUAGCCAAUGCUGCUGGAAAUGUUGCUGGUAGUGCAGCAAAUGCUGCUGGAGAUGUUGCAAAUGCUGCAGCAAAUGCUGCUGGAGAUGUUGCUAAUGCUGCAGGCAAUGUCGCUGGGGAUGUUGCAAAUGCCGCUGGAAAUGUAGCUGGAGAUGUUGCUAAUGCUGCAGGCAAUGUAGCUGGAGAUGUUGCAAAUGCUGCUGGUGAUAUUGCACAUGAUGCAAGCAACAUUUUCCACUCCAUAUUUUAGAGUAUCUCUUUACUUUUCUACCCAUUUAUUCUAAUAAAUGAACGAGCAAAUUAA